AUGCCAGAGAGCCUGGAGGCUGGUUGGCCAACCAACAUUGUGUGUGUUCUAAGUCCUCCUGUCUCGACACUAGCCAGACUCGAGUUUCACCCCAGCCUGCCUGUGUCUGUCCCCUGCAAAGCCAUGUGGCUGUACCUGGCGGUCCUCGUGGGCCUGUACUACCUCCUGCGCUGGUACCGGGAGAGGCAGGUGGUGAGCCUCCUCCAGGACAAGUUCGUCUUCAUCACGGGCUGUGACUCGGGCUUCGGGAACCUGCUGGCCAGGCAGCUGGACCUGCGAGGCUUGAGGGUCCUGGAUGCAUGUCUGAUGGUGCAGGGGGCGGAGCAGCUGAAGGGCCAGACGUCAGACAGGCUGGAGACAGUGAUCCUGGACGUCGCCAAGACUGAGAGCAUCACUGCAGCCACCAAGUGGGUAAAGGAACAUGCGAGGGACAGAGGAGAGAGCUCUCUACUUUGGGGUGAAAAUAAUUAUGAUCAAGCCUGGUCAAGAUCGCUAUGUCCAGUCCUGAGGUGCUUUCUUGAAGUUUCCAUGCUGCAUAGGAUCGGGCCAUCCCAGAGGUCAAGGUACUCUAUGGGGAGACAUUCCUGGCCUUAGAUGAGUGAGCUGUGGACCUUGGGGAGUGAAGCAAACUCUUGUCUGGAAGCCUGGGUCCAUCAUUAGCACCUCUUCCAGUCUCAGGUCCAUCCUCCGGGCUCUGACUCACCCACACACUGGGAACAAGAGCUCCAUCCCCACGGUCUCGUGUGGUCAACUUGUAACAUAAGGAAAGUAUCCAGGCUUGGUAGACCUGGGGACCAGUGUCUCAUCGGAACCCCGUGUUAUCUGGAGAGGAAACUGAAGCCCAAAAUGGAAGAUACCCGUACUCACGGCAAGUUGAUUUUCAGAUGCGUCUAUUUCUAGUGUUUGUAGAGACCUUCAGUUUCUGCGGUGCGCAUACUCUCAGGUACAGAGCAAGAGGGGCUUUAGUCUGGAGUGUGACCCUGGGGUAAGAGGUGGCACACACGGCUUGAAUGAUUUGUAACAUGAUCUGGCAGGACCAAGAAUUUUUUAGAAACCUUUUCCUGAAGUUGAUCUAAAAGUGGGAGGGCUGGGAAGUGAGGAUCUAUUUGUAUGGCGUCUCCUUCUGGAUAGUCAUGAAGUCAAUUGAAAUACUGAAGCCAAGAUGAUCUGAGAACAUCUCCUCAUGUGGGACUGCAUGGAUCAUGCCCUGACGCCUGCCACCCCCAGAUCCAAUACUCACCUGGCUGUGAUGGCAUGGACAUCUCUCUCCCCAUGAGCUACUUGCCCACCUUCCUGAUUGACUCCAUGAUCUACUGGAGAUCCCCAAGGCCUGCUAAGGCCCUGAAACCAUCAACUUGAAAAAAAAAACCCACAAUGUAAGAGCUGCGAGUUGAGUUGAUUUAGUGUCUUCCUGCGUACUAUGGCCCAGGGUAGAGUCUCUCAGAUACCUCUGAGGACCUGCCCCAAAGAGGCAGAAGGAGAAACCAGCAACUAUGUGACUUUGGUUGAGGGGUUGUGCAAUCAGGCAUACAUCUAGGUAGAAGGUUACUCCUAGUCGCAAGGAACAGAUAACUCAGUUAAUGAUUUUAGUGCUUUCUGAAGUACGGAAAGAUGCAAGAUUCCAGGGUAAUAAAGAAUUUCUCCAGAAAUAUUUCUAUGUAAGGGCCUGUUUGCUAUUUUCCCAGAGCAGAGUUCCUCAUCCUAAUCUUUGUUCUGAAUUCCUUUCAAGGUAUAUUGUAGGUCAGCAAUGUAGUGACUAAUGACUUAAUCCUUGUAGAACUGGAUGAUGAGUGACGUGCCUUGUUUUUUAUAACAAAAGACUGGGGUGCAUGGUAGGGGGGA